AUGUUGGUUGUGUGGUUGGCUAUGGGAGCGAGCUUUGCCAGUGAAAAGAACGGCAAUUUUAGAAUUACCUUUGAGACCCCGAGAGAGGAACUAAAGAUGGGACUGGAGAGGUUAAUUAACGUAUUGAAGGACGCCGAAGAAGACAUGAAGAAGUUGAAAACAGCACGAGCUUCGGAUAAAUUGGUUUUGCUAGACGAAUGA